AUGAUCCGGCCCUCGAGAUUUGUGCAGCGUCUAGCUGGCAAAGCGACUCUGAAGCCUCUCAAGCACGCGCAUUUGGCACGGCCAUAUGCCCCCAGUGCGCAGAAUCUACCCAAAUCGAACUCUCCAAUCGUUUCCAAGCUUGAUUUCUUCAAUUCAGUAACAGGGGAUGGCACCCAGAUACCCACCUAUCGUGUUCUGGAUGGCGCUGGUAAACCACUGGAGGGGGCGGAACUACCAGAGAUGGAUGAAGCCUAUGCCAGACGAUUGUAUGAGUACAUGCAACUGUUGCCGACUCUGGACAACGUUCUAUACAACAUUCAGCGGCAGGGGAAGAUUUCUUUCUACAUGACUUCGUACGGCGAAGAGGCCACUAUUAUUGGCUCCGCCGCAGGAUUGGAGAAUGAUGACGAAGUUCUAGGCCAAUACCGUGAGAUGGGGGUGCUGCUUUGGAGAGGCUUUGGCUUAGACAAAGUAAUGGGUCAAUGCUUCGGAAACGAAGAAGACACCUCUGGAAAGGGCCGCCAGAUGCCUGUCCACUUUGGAUCGCCUGAACACCACUUUCACACGAUUUCUUCUCCUCUUGGGACACAAAUUCCCCAGGCUGCUGGUGUGGGCUUUGCUCUUCGGCGUGAUCCCAACCGCCGCUCCCGCUCCAUCGCAGCAUGCUACUUUGGGGAGGGUGCCGCUUCGGAAGGAGACUUCCAUGCCGGUCUGAUGUUGGCGUCUACCAUACCUGCCCCGACGCUUUAUAUCGCCCGCAACAACGGGUUUGCAAUCAGUACGCCCAGUUCGGAACAGUACCAUGGCGACGGUAUUGCCAGUCGCGGUCCUGGAUAUGGUAUUGAUACCAUUCGAGUGGAUGGUAAUGACGUCUUGGCAGUUAUCAAUGCAGUCAGAGAAGCCAGAAGACGCUGUUUAGGGCAAGGUCGGGCCGUACUUAUCGAAGCCAUGUCGUACAGGGUUGGGCAUCACUCGACCUCGGACGAUUCGUUUGCUUAUCGCCCUCGUUCCGAAGUUGAGGAUCGCAAGAGGUUGGACAAUCCCAUCCUUCGAUUCAGAUACUUUUUGGAAUCAAGAGGCUGGUGGAACAACGAGGCGGAGGAAGAGCUCAAGGCUCGGCUCAAAGCUGAUGUAAUGAAGGCCUUCAAGAGGUCCGAAUCUCUGAAGCGUUGGGAACUCGGGGAGCUCUUUACCGAUGUGUACGGCGGGGAGGAGCCCUGGAAUAUCCGGGAGCAGAGGCAAGAACUGGCGACCUUGCUGAAGAAGUACGGCAACGCAUGGGAACCUUGGAGGAAAGAGCUCACUAAGUUCAAGAAUAACGGAGAGGAUCUGCUUAAGAGUGCUCCGUAA